AUGACAAUACGAGCCGCCCUCAUCGUCAACAACCACGGCAAGCCGCGCCUCACCAAGUUCUACACGCAGCUCCCAGCAUCGCGGCAGCAAGCAUUGAUCAAAGAGAUCUUCCGCCUUGUAUCGAAGCGCCCGGAUGGCGUCUGCAACUUUCUCGAUGCCACGGAGCUGACGGCCCUGCUGCCUCCGCCUCCAGACGCGGUGCGCUUCUCCUCCUCGCUCAACGCCUCUAUCGAGAAGUCUGAUGUCCGUACAAAGGCAGAAGACCAGCUCCGCGUAAUCUAUCGACACUACGCCACACUCUACUUCGUCUUCGUCGUCGACGCGAGCGAGAGCGAGCUAGGCAUCCUCGACCUCAUCCAGGUCUUCGUUGAGAGCCUCGAUCGAUGCUUCGAAAACGUCUGCGAGCUCGACCUCAUCUUUCACUUCGACGAGGUGCACGCUAUACUCAACGAGGUUAUUCAGGGCGGUCUGGUGGUCGAGACGAACAUCAACGAGAUCGUUGCGGCUGCACAGGCCACGGCGAAAGCGAGGAAGGCUAGCUUGGCCCAGAGCGCAGGCGGGAUAAGUGUGGGAGGCGCAGGACUGAGCACAGCAGGUUUGUCCAUACCGGGAACGGGAGGAGGAUCGAUACCUUGGCCAAGAGGCACUUUUGUCGUCGAUGCGAUAUCCAAUUUGGGCAAUCAGUAUCUUGGGCGGUCUUCUGGUCGUCGUUGA